AUGCAACGUUCACCGCCACCAGUCAAGUUUUCGUCACAACCAGAUCUUUCUUCUGAAAUGGAACCCCAAGAACAAAAAUGUUAUAGAAAUGUAAACACGAGGGAAAACAUAAGGAAGAAAAAUCCUGAAGAGCAACAAAAGGAAGAUUUUAAAGAAGACCUUUUAAAAGAAAUUAAAGAAAUGAUGACUGCUGAGAUUGCUAUUAUUAGAGAGCAAAAUAGCAAGAUACUUGAGUCAAAUGCUGAAAUAAAAAGUCAACUGGAAUUAAAUGCUGCCAAUUAUGAAAAAAAUUGCAACCGAGUAACAAUUAUCGAAACUAAGCAUGAAGUAGCUAUCGAACGCAUUAAUCAAUUGGAGACUCAAAUAGACGUAUUGCAAAAGCAAUUUCUGAAAAACACGAUUGAAGUAAGAAAUAUUCCACAUAGCAACAAUGAAGACGUUCAUAAUAUUGUCGCUAAUAUAUACAAAACCUUAGAGAUACCACAAAUUAAGGAUUAUGCAACCAUAUUUAGACGAGGCAGAAAUAAUGGACCAAUUGUUAUCGAGUACCAGGACAGUAAGAGUAAAGAAACACUACUUAAGGCUACAAGAAAAUACAACUCUGAAAAUAAGGAUAAACCACUUGGCACUGAUAUUCUGGGAUUUGUAGGAGUUUCCUCGCGUAUAUAUAUAUCCGAGCCUCUAACCCCCUUGACUAAGAAGAUUUUGGCAGCAGCUAGAGAGCUAGUCAAGAAUGGAUUGUUUAAGUUCUGCUGGGCCUCAAGAGGAAAUGUCUUACUACGUAAGCAGGAGGGACAAGCCGCCAUCGUCGUCAAAUCAUUAAGUCAAAUUAAGGAUCUCGCCUCGGAAUGA